AUGGACAAGAUUGCUAAAGAAAACUCAUAUAGCCCAUUACCUGCUACUACUACUACUGCACCUACUACUGCUGCACCUACUACUGCUGCACCUACAAAUGCUGCCACGAAAACUGCUGCACCUACAACCGCUGCACCUGCUACUGCUGCACCUACUACUGCUGCACCUGCUACUGCUGCACCUACAAAUGCUGCCACGAAAACUGCUGCACCUACAACCGCUGCACCUGCUACUGCUGUACCUACAACUCAAGGACGCAUAACAAGAAUUGUGAUAUUCAAAUCUAACGAGACAUUUAAAUCGGACUUGGAGAAUUCACAAUCUGCAGCUUUCAAAGAACGAGCUGCUAAGAUAAAAUCAGAGCUUGAACCAAAAUUCAAGCAGGAUCAUCCAAACUUCGAGUCCUUGGAGGCAAUACAAUUCAGAAAUGGAUCAAUUUUCAACGUCCUGGCAAUCAUCUUUACAAGCUUACCUGUGAACGAUACUCUGAUUGGGCAGACUUUGAUCAAUGCAGCUGCAACUGUCAGUGGCUUUGACAUUGACACCACCUCCAUCAUUUUGGAUGGCAUGGUUUUAAAUUCUGGAGUGAGCCACAACAUCAGUCUUGUGACUGCAUCCUUUCUGGUACUGUUCUCAUGGAUACUGUCAAGCCAGCAAUAAUGUCACUGCUGAUUUCCAUUUGAACCACUAUCAGUAUAUGACUGCCAUCACCGGUAUGAAAAAGGACGUUGUUGUCAGUGGAAAUCCAAGAUUCUUGUUGUACUGUUUCUAGUCAUGUACACCUCUGUAAACUCAGUGUAAUGUAAUAUGAAAUGUAAUUGUCCACCACUAGCACACAUUCAUGACAGUGCAUUAGGUAUGUCACGUAUCUCUGUGAGAAUGUCCAGGCCGGACAGAAUGACACAGCCAGCUUUAUGCAACUGGUCCACUGAAUCAGGUCUAGAAUAAUAAGCCAAACAACUCUAAGACCUAGGACUUUGAAAAAUAUUGUCCUAAACAGAAGAUUUUACCUACUGAUACUUGCUAAUGCUGUGCCGUUUGGCCACAUCAAAAAAGUACAAGUAAACUUAA